AUGAGGGAGCUUUGGGACUUCUUCGCGGUCUACGAUGGCCAUGGCGGGCGAUCAGAGGUUGACUAUGUCGAGGCGCAGCUGCACGCCACGCUGCUGGCGGAGCUGCGCAGCAAGCGGCCCUUGGAGGCGCUCACCCAGGCGUUCAGAAAAGUGGACAGUCAGCUGGCCAUGAUGGGCGCCUGGAACAGUGGCUGCACAGCCACUGUCGCCCUGGUGCAGGGCUGCCGCUCUGUGCACGUGGCCAAUGUCGGGGACUCCCGGGCGGUGUUGGUGUCCCCUAGCGGCGACUCGCGCAGAGUCUCGGUGGACCACAGAGCCAACGAUCCAGAGGAGGCGGCACGGGUGGUCUGCGACGGGGGCUUCGUGCGCCACGGCCGCGUGGCGGGGCAGUUGAGCGUCACCCGGUCACUGGGGGAUCACCACCUCAAGGAGUGCGGUGUCAGCUGCGUGCCCGACAUUUGCACCUUUUCAGUCUCGGAGGGCCAUGCCCUCAUCAUUGCGAGCGACGGGCUGUGGGACACCCUGAGCGACGACGACGCGGGCGAGGCGCUGCUGAGCUGCGUGCGCCGGGCGCGCGACAGCGGCCAGGUGAGAUCCGACGCGGGGCCCUGUGAAAAGCGGAACCCCACGGAUCGACAUCUGAGGUGGCCACAGGAGCGCGGGCCGCUUGCUCGGGAGUGCAGCUGGCAGACCCUCAACACGUUUCAGAGGCCAAAGCUGAAGCAACAGUUCGAGAAUGACAUUCGAACCGUGGUUGACGCCUACAAGAAGCAAGACUCGGUCGAAGAUUUGCGCGACCUCGUCAAUGAGAAUAUGGAAGACUUGAACAAAAGGAUUGAGACAGAAGGCCCUGAGCACAUGCAGCAACUCCUGCGGCACUUGAAGCACUACUCCCAGUUUCAGGGCAUCGCCUAUCCUUUGCUGCUGUCUCCCAAGAGCGCAUGCUUGAUUGGCCUCGAACCAGGCCUGGCGCGACGAGUGAGGCCUUCCAGAUUUCUGUAG